UUUAGCUACGGGCUCAGCUCACAUUGCAGAAGAUACAUUAGUGCUAUUCCUAGCAGGGGUGACUGCUGCAGCAGCAGCAGCUCACAGGACUGAUAACACAGUAUAUUAUUUUCCAGUUAAGAAAGAAGAUAACAGCAGAUAGUUGUAACAUCGCCUCUUGUCCUUCAGACGUUUAGGGAGCUGCAAGCCGGCCCGAGAAGCCGCCAGUGCUAAAGCUUACAAAUGGCAAGUCCUGGGAUACAUUUGGACAAUGGUCAGCAAGAUGUAACACCUCAGCAAGCAUUCAACGAGGCUCAGAAGUGGAUCGAGGAAGUCACUGGCAAAAGUUUUGGAGACAGAGAUUUUCGAUCAGGACUGGAGAAUGGGAUCCUUCUUUGUGAAUUACUGAACGCCAUCAAACCUGGCCUUGUGAAGAAGAUCAACAAACUGCCAACUCCUAUUUCUGGAUUGGACAACAUCACCUUGUUCUUAAGGGGCUGCAAGGAGUUUGGACUAAAGGAGUCACAGUUAUUUGAUCCAGGGGACCUCCAGGACACAUCUAACAGGGCUACUGUCAAGGGUUUAGAUGGCAACCGAAAGCUCAAAAAUGUUCUGGUAACCAUCUACUGGCUGGGAAAAGCAGCAAACAACUGCACCUCAUACUGUGGGGCAACACUGAAUUUGAAGGAGUUUGAAGGUCUGCUGGUACAAAUGAGGAAGGAAGCAGAAGACGUUGAUAGUCCAAAACGGAGCAUUCGUGAUAGUGGUUACAUUGACUGUUGGGACUCUGAGCGUAGUGAUUCCCUGUCUCCACCCAGGCAUGGCAGAGAUGAUUCUUUUGAUAGCUUGGAUUCAUUUGGAUCACGUUCUCAACAGACUCCAUCCCCCGAUGUGAUCCUUCGAGGAAGCAGUGAUGGUAGAGGCAGUGAUUCUGAGCCGGAUGUGCCACACAGGAAGAUACCAGAUGUGAGGAAGGAUGAUAUGUCUGCCAGGCGGUCAUCAACCAGUGAACCUAAAGCAGCCAUGCCCUUUAAUCAGUAUCUGCCAAACAAGAACAACCCAGUUUGCUACAUGCCUGCUCCCCUACGAAAAAAGCGGGCAGAGCGUGAGGAGUACCGGAAGAGCUGGAGCACUGCAACUUCUCCACUGGGAGGGGAACGACCAUUCAGCCAGAACCAACCUGAAGUAAUGACAAAAGAACAGCCACCUAUGAAGGUGACACAGAAAUCUAUAUAUGACAAAGCUGAUAUCACAGCAUCUGGCAAACAGAGCAGUAGAAUCAAUCCUGAACCAAAGCAAGACUGCAUUCCUAAAAGAAGUGCAGAGGACUGGGGCGCAUAUCCUGCACAGAAACAAGGAGGGAGCCCAGUACUCCUUUCUAAAGAUAAGGAAGAGAGAGAGAGAAAUAAACUGAAAAGACUUGAAGAAGCUGGCAUCAAGAUCAUGCCUGCUUACAAACGUUAUGGCAGCUCAAAGAAACCUUGUGAUGUUGAUCAGACAACACCAGAUAUUAUUCUUCGCCGUGAUAACUCCUUUUUAGAAUCCUGCCAGGGAAAGGAAUCUGAUUCUGAAUCUGAAGAGGAGCAGAAAGUCCCAGACAUUGAAAAUGAUGACUUUGCUGCACGUAGGGCAAGGUUGAGCCAAUCAUUUAGACCUAGAAUGCCACAAAACCAAUGUGUACCUCUUCUUGCUCAAACGGAUGCAGGACAAAAGUCAAGCAAAAGCAAAAUACAACCAGAAGAUACCAGUCAUACCUUAAUUAUAACUCGAAAAGAGAAUCCAUUCUUAAAGUCACAACAGGAUGAGUCUGAGGAUGAGGAAGAGCAGGCAAGAGUCCCUGAUGUGAAGAGGGAUGACUUGGCAAAACGGAAGACACAGCGAAUCAUAACACUGAAGACAGACUCCCAGGAUCUUAUAAAAGUCUGUGUGACACAGGCAGACAUGGAGAAAUGGGACAAGCUGAAAAUAUCGUCUGAUGCAAGAGAUCAGAAGUGUGAACCAGGAGGGCACAAAUACCAUACAGAAACACAGCAUGAAAUUACACCAAAUGUCUUGUCUCAAGGUGAUUUUACAAGUAGCACGACAAGGGCAUCUAAAAAACCUGCAGGCUCUAGACAGCGCUUUGUGCAUUUUGGUCCUGUGACAGAGAUCGAUCAAAUAAAGUGGGAUGAUGUCAGCACUGUCAAAGAAAAUACAGAAUGUGAGCAGGAGGCCAAAGUUUACAGUGGACAUUCUGUGGUUUGCUCACUUGGUGACGCUGUGGUUCCAAAUGGUUCUUCAUCUGUGCAGUACAGCUCAAGCAAAGACAGUGCUCACACUUCACCAGAUCACUCCAGUUGCUUAGCACGGUCUUGUAGUCCCGACUUUUGUAGACGAAUGCCUUCACCUGUCUCAGCUGCCUGCACUGGGGGACAAAUGGAGAAAUCAUACAGGUCUCCCAAAUGGCUUCCAAACAACAAAAAGGAAGAUGAACAAUAUGGAGUUACAAAUGUGGAGAUUGGCAAUACAGUGGCAAUACAUUCUACAGAUAUUCAGCAUGAGAUGGAGCAGACUUGUGGCCAGACCCUGCCGGUUUUGGUACUUCCCCAACACAAGAAAGACCUUAUCAAAGGGAAUUUAAAGAAUGAACACACAAGGAGAGAAACUGAAGAUGAAAGGCAACAGAUCAACCCUUCUGACAUAUUAUCCACAGUGGAGUAUCCUCAAAAGACACCUUCACCUGUAGCCACUACCGAAAUAAUAAUCCAAGCGGAAAACUCUUUUAGAUCAGACAAUCAGUGUGAAGACUAUGAGGAGGAGGAAGGAGGAGAACAGAAGGGAGAAGAUGAGGAUACAAGACUCCCAGACCCAGAGAAAGACGAUAUGUUGGUUAGGAGGACAGGGGCUUUUCAGAAGCAGACAAGUUCCAGUUUUAGCCAGUUCCUACCUAUACCUGCAUCCCAAAGGCAGAAGAAGGAGGUGCUGAAAAGCUGUUUGAAAAAGGACUCAAAAAUGAGGAGACCAGUAGACUCAUAUUCAUCUAAUCAGCCUGAACGAAUACCCUCCCCCACCUCAACCAGUUAUUCCCUGAAUCUGGAGAAAAAUCUGCUAAGAGCUGCUACGUAUCAGCAACAUGAACAAGAGGAAGAGGGGCAGUGGGAGGAAGAGGGAGAAGCAGUAGAAAUAAACCUUCCAGACUUGGAGAAGGAUGAUAUGAUGGCACGCCGUGCUGGUGUUUCUCAGAAGAAGAAGAGUGGUCCUGCCUUUAACCGGUUCCUCCCAGUUCCUGUCUCCCAGUUUCAGACGGCUGAUUCCAGCAGGCAGCCUGGAAAACAUGAUGAUAAAGGUUUCAGACCAGUAGACUCAUAUUCAUCUAAUCAGCCUGAACGAAUGCCCUCCCCCACCUCAACCAGUUAUUCUCUGAAUCUGGAGAAAAAUCCGCUAAGAGCUGCUACAUAUCAGCAACAUGAACAAGAGGAAGAGGAGCAGUGGGAGGAAGAGGGAGAAGUAGAAGAAAUAAGUGUUCCAUUCUCGGAGAAAGAUGAUAUGAUGGCACGCCGUACUGGUGUUUCUCAGAAGAAGAAGAGUGGUCCUGCCUUUAACCGGUUCCUCCCAGUUCCUGUCUCCCAGUUUCAGAAGGCUGAUUCCAGCAGGCAGCCUAGAAAACAUGAAGAUAAAGGUUUCAGACCAAUAGACUCAUAUUCAUCUAAUCAGCCUGAACGAAUGCCCUCCCCCACCUCAACCAGUUAUUAUCUGAAUCUGGAGAAGAAUCUGCUAAGAGCUGCUACGUAUCAGCAACACGAACAAGAGGAAGAGGAGCAAUGGGAGGAAGAGGGAGAAGUAGAAGAAAUAAGUGUUCCAUUCUCGGAGAAAGAUGAUAUGAUGGCACGCCGUACUGGUGUUUCUCAGAAGAAGAAGAGUGGUCCUGCCUUUAACCAGUUCCUCCCAGUUCCUGUCUCCCAGUUUCAGACGGCUGAUUCCAGCAGGCUGCCUGGAAAACAUGAUAAUAAAGGUUUCAGAUUCAACAUUCGGACUGCAGUGUCCGAUGACUCCGAGAGUGCCAGCAUGUAUGACAUGAGGCUUGAAGAUGAAAUGAUGCAACCUCAUAGCAGGGCACGGUACGAACAUCUGCAGAACAUACACAACCAGAUGAAGGAAGAGGAAGACAAGUGGCAGGAUGACCUGGCACGUUGGAAGAGUCGUAGAAGAAGUGCUUCUCAGGACCUGAUCAAGAAAGAAGAAGAAAGGAAGAAGCUGGAAAGGUUAAUGAGUGGGGAGGAAGAUGCACUGGGACGAAGAAAAAGUAUCAAGACCUAUCGGGAGAUUGUGGAAGAAAAGGAACAUAGAGAGAGAGCUCUUCAUGAGGCCUACAAGAAUGCCAAAACCCAGGAGGAGGCUCAGAAGAUCUUACAGAAGUACGUUGAAAGGUUCAGCAUUAGUGAAGCUGUGCUUGAGCGCUUGCAGAUGCCAAAGCUGCUAGAAAGGAGCCAGUCAGCUGAUUCUGACUCAUCAUCAUCUUCUCCAACCAAGGAUAUGGACCCAAUGAAGUACCUGAGGCAGCAGUCACUGCCCACUCCCAAGUUUACCGCCACUGUUGAAACAACCAUUUCCUCUUCUUCUUUAGUGGUCCGGUCCCAAGCAGAAAGGACAUCACCUACAAAAAUUGCCUCAAAGGCCGUGCCUGUCCUUACUCCCAAGCCUUACUCCCAACCUAAAAAUGCACAGCAAACAUUGAAGUCAUUUAAGGUUGAUGGACAGAAUCACGUGAAUGGACACAGCACAGAAGAUGUGAAUGGUGUUGAGGAAGAGAGAGAAUGUUUGCCCAUGAAGUUUAGUCCUUCAUUAACACGAUCUCAGAUGUUUGAAGGCGUGGCUAAAGUGGAUAAGUCUCCAGUAAAAUGUAGAACAGAGUAUUGUACUGAGAAAGCAGUUACCAAAAUUUCACAGCCAAACAAAUACCAGGCGUCAGGACUACAGGAAGAAGAUUCCAAGCAGCUGGACUCUUUGCAUGCUUCUCAGACAGCAGAUGAAAUGAUCUUUGAGGCAUCAUCACCAACUUACAGCAGUACAAGCGUGACCAAGACAGAUACUACUAACUACAGUAACCCUGAGACAAGGACCAGCUUUGUAUUAUCUAGGACAGAGAGAAAACAGGACCAUGGCAGAACUGAAGGGUCACCAACCAAAAAUGAGACUGUAGAAAAGUACAACAGAGCAGAGCUUCCAGUCUGCCAAAGUGAGAGAGCACACGAAGGAACUGAGUUACUGCUUUCCAAGUCAGCACAAUAUUAUGCUACUGAGCUUCCAGUGAACAAGUCCAGGAGAGAGCAUGAUCGAACUGAAGUGCGAGUCCUCACACCUGAGAGAGUGCAGAACCAUAACAGGUCAGAUUUACUGGUCGUAAAGAAUGAAGGCAAGCAAGAGCUUGAGAGAAAAGAGCUACUGAUUCGGCAGCAGGCUUAUGUAUCAAGGAGCACUGAGCAGGAAGGUGGAGUUAUGAAUGAAUUCUUGAAGACAACACCAGAAACUGAUUCACAAAUUACAUCACAUACACCAAGCAGUUAUGCCACUGCAGCUGCAGCAGAGAAGGCUAGUAACAUAGAAGCCCAUACCAAUAGACUGCUGAGGCUGCACCAACAGGCUGAGUCCAGGAACAGUGAAAAGUCCACUAUUAUAAUCCCUCCAUUAAAUCUGCCUAAACGUUUUGACCUCUGGUCAUGGGAUCCAGAAGAGGAACGCAAGCGCCAGGAAAAGUGGCAGAAAGAGCAAGAGCGCUUGCUUCAGGAAAAAUAUGAAAAAGAGCAAAAAAAGUUGAAGGAAGAAUGGGAGAAGGCACAGAAGGAAGUUGAAGAAGAGGAACGUAGAUAUCAUGAAGAGGAACGUAAAAUCAUUGAAGAGACUAACACUCCACUGACACCAUUAGGAUCACGGCACUUUUCACCAUUCCUUGAUAGUCAGCAUACUGUUGAGGAAAAGAGUGACACUGAUCCUGCUUCAAGAUCAGUAAUGCAGUCCAGAUAUACACAGGAAGGCCAAGGCAGUCAUGUGUCUCGGCAGGUGGUGGAAACAGAAAAUUGCCAUAGAAAGGAGGAGAGAAUGAAGGAAGACUGGAGGAAGUGGGAGCAAUCGUGGAAUCAAGAAUGUGAUACCAAAGCCAAAGAUGAGCUGCGGAUGGAGGAAAAGAGUGUAAAGGACUGUCUGGCAAAUCGCUCUAAUGGUACUGAGCAAAUUUCAGGUCAGCAGGAAAACACAUCCCAUGUUACAGAUAACAGCUUACAUGUGAGAAGAGACAUCCGAUUUGUUCAAGAUGGAUCAUGGAGCCCACAGCCAUUAACUAGGCAACCACAGCUUUCUCCAGAUGUACGGAAGAAAACAGCCUCUUUAGAUCGGAACUGGAGCCAGCCAGUAAAUAGUAUGGGAGGACUGAGAAGGUCAGGAUCACAUGAAAAUUUGGCAUCAGGUCAGUCACCUCAAAAUCCAUCCCCCAACAGGUCUGUCAGUGGAAAGAAGCUGUGUUCUACUUGUGGACUUCCCCUUGGCAAAGGAGCAGCUAUGAUUAUUGAAACACUAAGCCUUUACUUCCACAUUCAGUGCUUCAGGUGCGGAGUAUGCAAAGGACCACUUGGAGAUGCAACCACAGGAACAGACGUCCGAAUCCGAAAUGGUCUAUUAAAUUGUAAUGAGUGUUACGUCAGGUCCAGAUCAGCUGGCCAGCCAACGACAUUGUGAUGAGUCCCACAGUCUGGACUGUGACAUUUUUUUCUUGGAAGAACCAUUAUUGAAGAGCUUGGUGGGCCGACUUACAGACAUUCAGUUGCACGAUCUUAUAAUAUUCAUGGAUUUUCUGGGGAAGAAACACAAAUUACUUUCUUUGAAGGCUUAUACUGAGGCUGCUUAUUAGGCUUGUUUUCAUCACAUGCUCAGCAUGUCUUUUAACCCAUUUAUCCAGCUCAUAAGUAGCUGUGGUCGACAGGUGUGUGAUGUGAACACUACAGUAUUGUACUCUCCGCUACUCAUACAAGUCACCAUGGCACUAAAAUUGCAAUAAGUUGAAGAAGGUUUAGGUACUGAGGUCUGCUGUGAUCUUUUACCUUGAAAUAAAGCCGGGGUGCAUUGAUAUGUGACUUAACCUUAUUCUGGACAUUAACUCCUAAUCUGCAUUUGAUUACAAGAAACAGUUUCUAGUCUUUCUCACAGUACUAGCAUUACAAGCAUAUUCAUUUACUUUUGAGGCUCAGUGUAAUGGGUAGUUUGUACAGGUAUAUUCCUUUACAUACCACAUUCAGAACAUUUUUGUGAUUCAAUGCAACAUACCACACCAGAAUGUUUUGUGUCAUUUCCUUUCAUAUAGAAACAUUUCGGCAGGUAAUUGUUACACCUCAGGAUGCUAAAACUUCCAUUUUUAAGAGUUACUUCAGAAGUAUUUAUGGAGGCACACCCCAUUCUUGACGCAAGUGAAGCAAACAAUCUUUGAAUGAAGAGAAGGAAUACAUUUGUUGUAUUGGCAAAUUGCAAAGUGUUGUCAGCUGUAUCGUGUUUGUUGUUUAUGUACAUGUGUACUUUGCUUUGUUUCUGCUGCCUGUGUCAAGACAGAAUGCAAUGGGAUGAUAGUGCCAAUCAGAGGAAGCCUGUCCUGAUGAAAUGGUUUCUCAUAUGACAAUACUUUGUGGUCUGCACAAAAAGAGGGAUGAUAAAGAAUACUGCACUCAGCCAGAAAUGGGUACUGGUGCAAGGAUUUCACCUUGUUUUAGAAGGAUGCUGUCAAAGUGCUGGCUAUAGUUUUGAGACCGGGAGAGACAUGAAAGAGCACAUGUCUUAUAGUAAUAUGGGAAAAGAAUCCUGAAUUAUAAUUGAGAACUUCUUCAGAUAAGCUGAUGAUUCAGUCCCGGAUUAUUAGGAUGGUUUGUACUGUGACGAAAAAGCUGCCCAAACAAAAAGGGUAUGAUUUUCCAAGUAAUAUAAUUUACUGCUGGUACAGGUUACUGAUCGAUUGUUAUGCCCUCUUCAGUGUCAGGCUUUCUUGGGAUUGUUUUCCACGUGGGUAUGUUGCUUAUUUUGCACUUAACCUAUAGCACCUGACCUAUCAUGUGUAACAGCAAACUUUGUGCACAAAAUCCACCUUUCUUUUUUAUGUAAUUGAUAUAAUGCUCUAAUUUUGCUCAAAGCAUGCAGUGUAUUACUUUCACACAAUAAUAUUUGUAGACUGAGGCAGUCAAUUUAACUACCCAGGAAAGAAAGAUGGAAGGAAUUAUCCUGAAAACACAGACACAGAAGUGCCCAGGACAUCUUGAAAUUGAAAUUUAUUGUUAUGGAAGUUUUAACAGGUUUGUGUGAGUACUUAUAAGUAUGUUUUAAUGCUUUGAAAAAUGAUCAUUUAUCUUGCCUUAAAAGCCUCAAGUAAUGAAUAUUGUUGCUAGGGAAGACUGUCACUAGUCUCAUCCCUAGAAUUUCUGAAGUGUCAAAUCAUGCAGAACCAUUAUUUCAUUUGUAGCUACACAGCAAUUAUUUCUGAGUAUGACUUAGAUUAGAAGCUAUUUAUUUAAAUGUUACUAAAUCAUGUGCAUGUAAAAGCAGAAAACAUUAUAUAGAAACUAAAUGUUUUUGUCAUACUGGUGCUCGGAGACUGAUAGUUUUGGUAUCACGUUAUCUUCCAUUGGGCAGCCUCACUGUUCAUUCUUAAAUGCAAGUUCUGGCUGUUAAACAUGGGUUAUAGAAUCCAAAUCUGAUUUAAUAGAUCUGCAGUUAGACAAUAAAAUGCAGGCUGCAUUAGACAGCUGGGCUGGAAUCUGACCAGAUCAUUUGUUUAAUCUAAUUGGAUGCACUGAUUCCAAAUCACUCCAUACUGGGGAUCAAAAUCAGACAUAGGUAUAAUCCCAUUUUAUAGAUAUUCAGUGACACAUGAAAUCCAAAUAAAGGGGUGGUACCUCAUAGUGACUAACCAGUUUGGAUGCUGAUUAAACACCACUCUUCAUGGUCAACCAUGUACAUGUGUACCUCCCCAGGUGCAUAGUAGCAAGUCCUGCCUAAACUCUGAAUAUUCAUGUUGAUGUCUUCACCAGCCACAUGAAUAUUCAUCAAGUAUGUGCACUUAGCUCAAGGGGGCAUAACAAUCAUGUAAUGUUUUUUGUUUUUUAUAUUUCUGCAGGGGGGGCUGAGCCCCCUGCACUUGCCACACCCCCUGCAAAUUAAAUAUACCAACUCCAAAAGGGUAAAUUGUGUGCAUGAUGUCACUGUCAAAUAUGCAUAAGCAUCUUUUGAGUACAUCACGGCCUUUUGGGGUGUCAAUCAUGCAAGUGACAUCCACGCCACACCCACAUCUGUGUGAACUGCCUGGGUGGUACACAUGUACAGGAUCACCUCUUCGUGUAUGUUAUUUUUUGCCUAUUUUGUAUUUCUAUUCCACACCACUUUACAUUUUAUCAUGUCAUUAAAUGUGUGCCUUAAAAUGCAAGCUGUUGCACAAGCGUUGUAAAGUAGCAAUCCACUCAUAUGGUAACAAAAUAAGAAAAAUGUUUAGUCAUUCCUCUGAAGCUAAUUUCACCCACAUUUAUGUGGCAGCGAGAAUGUUUUUCAGACUGACAUUCUGACAAUUUAGAUAUUUUACAGGGUUGGGAUUUCAGGUAUAUUUGCAUGGUUCCCUAUUUAAAUAAUAUUUUGAGAAGUUUCUUUGAUCUUUUCCAUUUAUAGCAUAGCUUCCAUCAAUAGAGGUAUUUUGUUAAAAAUCACAUUAAACAUUACAUUCUACAAACAAAACCAACAGAAUUUGUAAAAUCUUGCUUUUUCUACUUAUCUUCACUAGGUUCCAUAGGCAGAGGUGUUAAUUGUGCUACAUCACUGUCUGUGCCCUAUUUCUAUAUGUAUUUUAAAUAGGAUACGUAAGCAGGUGAAGGUGGGGGCAGGGAUGUGAACACUAUCAUUCAUAAUCUAAAGUUGCAGUAUUUUGGACUACACAUACUCGAAUAUAAAAAAUACUUGAAAUGGAUUAGUCGAUAGGUAUGCUCCCUGAUAGUUAUUGCCAAUGUCUGUGUUUUUUUUUUCAUUUUAUUAAAUCAUAUUCUAUAUUCCACAGCUCAUGUCAUACUCUGAUAUCUUUAUGAACAUUUCAUGGGAAAGUUACAUAUAACUUUUAUGGUGUUGUUGAUGCAAUUCCAGAGAUUGUGCUGUAAAAUAACAGAUAAAAAUUAUGUUUUAUUUUAACUGAAAUUAAUUUCUUUCAGGUUUCUGGAAUUUCCCUAUGUUAUGUUUUCUAAACAAUAUUUAUUGUGUUGUAUUUUUUUUCAGACAAACUGAAUAAUUAUCCCAGUGAUAUGUCAUGCACCUGUCAGUGAAUCCCCUGGUUCAUUUUGCCAUAUUACUGAAUUAUACAAGUAGAGCAAAAAAAAAAAAAAAAUGAAAGAUGUUACUUAAACUAAGACAGGGCUUUACUGGGUGCCCCUUAGUGGUCACGACUGAUACAACUGCAGUAGUCUGAAUUCAUAAGCAGGGCUGUUGUUCAGAACAAGUGAUAUUGAUGUCCAGUUCUAUUUAUUGUAAUGCCUCUGGAAAGAUGGAAAAGUGUUUUCAAUGCAAAUGCUUUUAUAGUAAAUGUAUGUUUAUAAAUAAAUGUUUGAAAAAAUA